AGCUCACAUACAUAAACCUGCUGCAGGCUGCUUCUCCGCACAUUCACAGCUCUACUGAACUUGGCGCUGGUUUGCCUCUCAAAAGAGACACACCUCCUCGGAAGCUCACAGAGAAAGACGUGCCUUCUGUCUCGGAGUGUCGCUGUCACGCCUGCAUACAUACACUGUAUAUAUAUAUAUAUAUAUAUAUAUAUAUAUAUAUAUAUAUAUAUAUAUAUAUAUAUAUAUAUAUCCCUUGACAUUCAAGAGCACACACACACACACACACACACACACACACACGCUGUUUUACAACACACAGCUAGCGGAGUGCCAGAGGGGAAAGGAAAAAAUGAAUGUGAAGAUUUUCACGCUGGUGAUUUUGAUCUUUGUGUCCAUGCUGUACUCCGUCAGUGGGGGGCCUGUGGCCGCCCCAGAGGAGGGCAAGGACCUAGAGGAACGGGGGACCAUCAGAAAGCUGGUGCAGCAGAACGCAGUGCGGAGCGCACCGGGCCACAGGCAGGCCAGCUGGAGAAGGGGCCGGCGUCCACGACCCCGCCUCUCACACAAGGGGCCCAUGCCGUUCUAGAUCAGGAUGGCUGAGAACACCCUCCCCCAGUUUCGUUUCCCUUGCUCUUCCUUGCCUCGGGGGGGCCUUGCAAUGGGGGCCUAGUCUGGCCUGAAGAGGAGUGUCCUCGACUGCGCCUCCCUGUUUUUCAAGCAACUUUUCGUCUGCCCAGAAGGACAAGCUGCUCCUCCGACACGAGGGGGGCCAAAGCUGCAAGAAUGUCUCUCUUUAUUUUUGUCUUGCUUCUAGAGACCUUUACGUUGCCCUCUUUGUAACACCUCUCUCCUUGCAUGACGUGUGGCUAAACAGGACCCUUUCUAAGUCAGUGUUAGUCUUAAAGACACUUUAAGAAGGUGUGGUAGCCUGCUUCGGGUUUCGAAUUAAAGGUGGUAGUCCAUUUUCUAACUCGUGGGCUUUCAAAACCAGUGUUGUUUUUUGAGCUUCAGAUAUUGUGUUGAUUUGAAUCCAAAUUCUGGAUAACACACUAUAGCUGUAAGCAGGAAUCCUGUGUUUGACAAGGCACAGCCAUGUUGUGCAAUGCUACAUACGAUCCCUAUUAACACCACCACAAAAUCUAUAGUUUUCAAUUGGAGACCAUCCAUGAAAAAUGAAAACAAACAAUGUCAAUUGCUGAGAUUAAAUUAGAGCAAAAUAAAACUGUUCAAUCACUAGACAAGUCAACCAGCCCCCUUUUCCUUCACAGUGCCUGCAAUCUGACCAGCUGGCUUUUGGAUUCUGAAUGCCCAGAAAGUUAUGGAUUGUUACCUUUAACUGAAGGGACACUGUGCCUUCACACCAUACUGCACACUGUUUUGUGUUCUCAGGGCGCUGUGUUAGAAGUCGACACCAGAGCUUUCUCUGUUCUGUGCAUUCAUCUAUAUAUAUAUAUAUAUAUAUAUAUAUAUAUAUAUAUAUAUAUCUUCUUGGCUGUGUGUAAACCACUUGUUUCAUCCCCACAGACUUUUACUGCUGUUAUGUCACGAAAGAGGCAGCUGAGUUGGCAGGAGUGCACCAAUAGGGGGCGCCCAGCGUUCUGAGUGUUCAUGAUUUCAAUGCCAGUAAACCCAUGCUUUUGAAUCCGAUGGUGGUCUGACAGCAUUACUGGAACACAAACAUUUAGAGCUGUUCUGAAGAUGGUGGCUAAAUAGGGUAAUCUGAAGGAAAGUCAAAAUGUUCAGCAUGUCUCUAAAGAAAGAGAAGCUUUAAUGAGCCUUUCCCAGCCAGGAUACAGAGUACAUGACACCCUUGUGGUAGUAACACCCCAGGUCUAGCUAGCCUUCAUAAUAUUAAUCUAAGACAAAGCUAAAAUUGUAUUAAUUUUCCUCUUUAAAAUAAAUAUCCGGAACUGAUUCUGACCUCAGAAUCAAUAUAAAUUCAAGCAAAGGCUGCCUCGUGGUUUUGUUUGGAAAGCACCGGUCCUUCUGUAGUGAGGGAGCUGGGAAAAGCCUCAAGAACAGCACCAAGUCUUCAGUAGAUGAAGACAGAAGGUUUAUGGAAGGUGAAGGUGGAGGAGGAGAGGGGGGGAGUGUGACAGACUACAGACAGAUUAUACUAUUUCAUUUUUCACUCUUUGUUUCUUGAAUGUAUUUAAAUCAGCUGCACAGGCUGCCUGGGGGGCUUGAAAUGAGCCCCCCAUCCCCCCCCACCCCCCAAAAAAAAAAAAAACACAAAGCACUUCUGAAGAGGGAUCACUUUAAAAUUAGUUUCCAGGGAGUCAGGAAUGCAAGCAAUCAAAUAAACGCAGUAGAGUUUUCUUAAACUUUUCAGAGAAAGUCUCACUCCUCUCUACCCUGGGAUCUGGCCUUGCUUCAAACCCCUGUGAUCCUGUGUUGCUGCACUUUUACAAUGCCUUUACGCUGCUUGAAAAAUCAGUGCCCUGGUAUGUAAUGGUUUACACUGCUAAAUGAGAUCUCACCCAAUUCCCAAUAGCUUUUCAAAAGGUUUAUUUGGGAUUCCAGCUGAGGUUUUCAUUUGCUCUUAACCAUUGGAAAUCUGCACAAGUUAUCUGCUGCACAUAAAUGUUUAUUGAUAAAAGCUAGCAUGCACAUCUGAUUUAAUGUAUGCAUUUAAUCUAUUUUCAUUAAAAAAAAGGUUCUUAAACUGUAGAAUACACUGGAUUAUAUACGAUUGAAGUAUGUUUUAUUGUAAUGGUAAAUCACGUCAAAGCAGAGGUCGACCAGUCUAUGGAUUUCACCAUGGAUUUGUUCCAUGAUACUUUUAAAAUGAGUCUCUAGAUCUCACAGCAGGUAGAAGCUGCGCAGACUGUUACAUUCUGAUGGAAACUCUUACAUACCAGAGGAGAACUUCACAGCUUUCCUAACAGCCUUUUAGCAGAGCGUACAUCAGAGAAUCUCAAUGAAACUGCCAGGCUUGAGUCAUGUUGUUCCUGCGCACUUGCUAACUUGUUAUACUGGUAUGUUCUAAGACCUUUCUAAUGUGUGUAUUUGCUCACAUUCAGUUGUGGUAAUGUGUGUUUGGCUGGAGAUGAGGGGUGGAGGGGUAGGGGUGAAUUUCAAAGAGCAAACAGAAGCCUCCAUUAAAUACACGGUAGGUUUAGAAUUGCAUCCCCGCGACUGUUCUUACCAGAGGAUUUCUAAGCUAAUCAGCAAAUUGUUGAUAGGAUAAUAAUGGUUGCAACAUUGAUAUCAGCUUCAAUUGACUACCCACUGUACUGUAUACAUGUACGCGAUGUUUAGACAGCAUAUUCAAUUUGUGUACUUAUGUAACCCCCUCUACCCACUGGCUACCUGGCCGCACAUAUUACAGAAACAUUGAACACAUUGAUUGUAUAUUAGAAUAUAGUGUCAAAUUGUUUUUUUUCUGUUACCGACAACCCACAUCACAGCGCUAAUCUGAUUCGCCCAGCCAAAUGCAUUGUUUGUCUUUAGUGUCGAACACGGCACAGUGUAUCUGAAA